AUGUUAUGGGCAGCAAGAUUAGCUGGAUUCUUGUUAUUCAGAGUACUGAAAACUGGAAGCGAUACACGAUUUGAUGAUAUACGAUCACAUUUCUUCAAAUUCGCUGGAUUUUGGGUCGGACAGAUAGUCUGGGUAUGGAUAGUAUCACUCCCUGUGGUCAUCCUAAACUCGCCAGCUGUAUCGUCCCCUUAUCGAUCUGGAAACCCUUCAUUCGGAAAAGCGACUGAUAUCAUUGGUAUCAUACUGUUUGCAAUUGGAUUAUUCUGGGAAGCAGUAGGAGAUGUACAAAAAUACAUGUUCAAAUCCAACAAACCACCAAAAGGUCAACCUUGUACCAAAGGUUUAUGGUAUUUCUCCAGACACCCUCCAUAUUUCGGUGAAAUCACAUUACACUGGGGAUUAUGGCUUCUUUGUCUAACACCAACAGUAAACGGCAUGCUCCCCAAAUCAGCUAAAUCAGCACAAUACGCAGCUAUCCUAUCACCAUUAUUCACUAUGGUGCUAUUGCUAUUCGCAUCUGGUUUACCAACAGCUGAAAAACCAACUGCGAAAAAAUAUUUCUUGAUGUCACAUCCUGAUUCUUCUCCUACGACUCCUCGCGAAACAGGAACAGCAAGAGGGGGAGGGUUUAGCUUACCAGAAUCGGAAAAUGAUAUAUGGUCAAACUAUAAAUCUUACUUGACUAGAACAUCUAUUGUAAUACCAUUUCCUCCUUCACUAUAUAAGAGAUUUCCUCAAUGGUUGAAGAGUACGAUUUUAUUGGAUUUACCAAUGUUCACAUUUGAUGAAUCUGUUGAUGGGAAAAAAGCUUUAGAAGAAGAAAGGAAUAAGAGAAGUAAUAAUGCUUGA